CCUUAAAAAAAGAAGAAGAAGAAGAAACCCAAACUGAAGUGACACUAGUUCAUUUUUUUAAAGGGGAACGUGUCACCAGCGGAGCCGGCGGGUCCAGCCUGCCGGUGCCUCUGUCCAAGGUGCUGAAACCGAGCCGCGCUCAGACCGCCCCGUCCGUCUCCGGGAGGGCGACCCAACCGCUUCGACACGAUGGGUGCAGCCGCUCCCAGCCGCGCAGCCCGGCGCUCUCAGAGGUGCUGAAAUCUCCAUCCAGCCUUGUGUCGUUGGACCGGCCUGAUUCUUGAUCUCCAACGCAGGAUCCGGCCGAGCUGGCUGCGAUGCUGAAGCAGGAGGGCUGAGCCUUGGAUUUAAUGCACCGCGCCCCCGGGGAUUGUUGCUCUACCGGCUCCCUGGAUCCCAGGCUGAACUUUGCCUUGUCCCAGCCCCACCCGCCCCCGCCAGGUCCGGGCUGCCGGCCCAUGUCCGCCUGAAAGGUGCCGGGUGUGAGCGAACGGCCGGGGCUGGGGGACGAACCUGGCCAUGGAAGGCGCCAACGGCUUUGGGAUCGACUCCAUCCUGUCCCACCGAGCGGGGAGCCCGGCGGUGCCCAAAGGAGACCCUCUGAUGGGGGAGUGCAGGUCCCCCCUGGAACUAAGCCCCGGCUCCGAAGUCAGCAGCGGGUGCCCGUCUCCCCAUUCGCCGGGGAAGGACUGUCUGGAGGCGGUGGCCCCCCGGCAAGGGGUGGCCGUGGGCUUGGAAUCUCACCUCCCGCCGGGUCAGGGCUCGGCUCCUUCCCAAUCCAGAACAGUGACCUCGUCUUUCCUAAUCAGGGACAUCCUAGCCGACUGCAAGCCCCUGGCAGCCUGCGCGCCUUACUCCAGCACCAAUGGACAGAGCGGCCCGGAGCCGGCGGGGCGAGUCCCCGCCAAACCCGGGGAGGACUUUCGAGAGAAAAUGGACAAAAGUAGCAGCAACGCCUCGUCCGACUCGGAGUACAAAGUGAAAGAAGAAGGGGACCGAGAAAUCUCCAGCUCCAGGGACAGCCCCCCGGUGAGGCUGAAAAAGCCCCGCAAAGCCCGCACCGCCUUCACCGAUCACCAGCUGGCGCAGCUGGAGCGGAGCUUUGAGAGGCAGAAAUACCUGAGCGUGCAGGACAGGAUGGAGCUGGCGGCCUCCCUCAACCUCACUGACACCCAAGUGAAGACGUGGUACCAGAACAGAAGGACCAAGUGGAAGAGGCAGACAGCGGUGGGACUGGAGCUACUGGCAGAAGCUGGGAAUUAUUCGGCCCUCCAGCGAAUGUUCCCCUCUCCCUAUUUCUACCCGCAGAGCUUGGUCUCCAACCUGGACCCGGGAGCGGCCCUCUAUCUGUACCGGGGCCCCAGCGCCCCUCCCCCGGCUUUGCAGAGACCUUUGGUACCCAGGAUCCUCAUUCACGGACUGCAGGGGGGUAGCGAGCCGCCCCCACCUCUGCCCCCCCUGGCAGGCGUCCUUCCGCGAGCGGCUCAACCGCGGUGAGGCGCCGACUCCGCAGCAAAGGCCGCUGCCAAGGAAGCCAAGAGGCCCCCUCUGCUCCCUUGCGUAGACCGUCCUGGCCAUCAGAAACUGUACACCGAGCUGGGGGGGGGGGAGAGGCGGGCCAGAUCCUUGGCACUUCAGCCCCCGCCUCGCCACCACACAAAACCAUCGUUCACCCUAAAGGAGCAAGAGAAACUUGGAAAGGGAAAAAAAAACUCAUCAAACGAAAACCUCGCGCGCGCUCAUCUUGCGCUAACAUCUUGCGCGCCCUCGCUUUCAUCUUGCGCUAAAAUCCUGCGCGCGCGCGCGCUCUUUCGCUGCGCUUAGCGGUCAGCGCUCCCGAACCGGGAAGGGGGGGAGAGAAAGGGAACCCAACAAACAACAAUUCAAACUUCAGGGAAAGCGUCUGUUCAAACCCGGGGGAGGAGGCCCGGGGAUGUGGGGGGACGGGACACAGCGGGAACACACGAAUAGUCAAGUCUGUGUGAUCGCCCUAUUGCAGAAUCUCCUCCGCCUUAAAAACACGGGGCAGAAUUAAACCGCCCCGCGGUGUACAAUCCCCCCCACCCCCACACAGAGUUUUUUUUCGGCCUUUUAAAAAAACUUUUUGCUCACCGAGGCCUUUCUGCCCCCUCCCCCGCGUUCUAGCACUAAAGUUUGUCACACACAAAAAGGAGACUUCGGGCCAGAGGCUACACAAAGAUCGAAUCAAUAAGGAAUCUCCACACGUUGCAGAAUUCAGAGACGUUCCUCUUUCAGGCGGAGUUAGUUUGAAGAGAGGAACUGAAUUAAUCUGAUAAACCAUUAACAAAAAUAGACGCAUUGGAUUGUAAAGGCUCAGGAACAAAACGAGGGUUCUGUGUGUAAGAGACACACGGUUAAAAAAUACCCCGGGUUUUGUUUCCACUCAAAGAAUUUACUGCGUUCCAAUUAUAUGGCGGCUUGAAGAUUUAGUUCACCAACAGGACUAGCGCCUUGCUAACUUCGGGGCAGCCUGGAGUUUCCCGUUCCUUGCAGGAGCUUUUAGCACCGUGCUCACGAUUAAUUAACCCUUUCCACUUGACCAACGAUGAGCCCAGGGCGUGGGAUGGGAGCUGGCUUAUGUACAGAGCGGCGAUCGCUAGCUAUAAAUAGCUGAUUCUUAUUGUUAAUGAACAUAAUUUGAAACAAUGAUCCGUGACCCACCCGUGUGUCUAUCACAAACACACUCCCUGGAAAGACAGACAGGCAGACAGACUUCCCUCAUGCUAAACACGCACCUGACUUCAGUGGGUUUUGCCUGAGCAAGGACUGGAGGAUGAGGCAAAGGUAUUUGCAAAUCAACUAGCUCACCUGAGCAUGGCUUCUAAUUGUUGUUUGUUUGUUCCCAAAGGCGUAUUAUCCAUUCUCCUUUCUGCCAGCCCCAUGCCGGGCUUUGCGCUAGGGCAUCCGUGCCCUGGCCUUUGUAAGGAACAAUUCUACUUGUGCAGGUAGGGGGAUGGCCCGGAUGUGCUGACAUGAAACAUACAACAUCUGUACCCUAAUCCGAUCCAUAAUGAACAGCUCCCACUCACCCCAUGGCACCGACCUGUCGGAUCGCAGCGUUACGUAGCGGAAGAGGAGCCCUUUCAUGCUAACCCAAGAGUGCUCAAAAGUAUGUAACUAAGAAAAAUUUGUAAAUACUUGUGUGCAAAAUGUAUAUGAAUUAUUUAUUUGUGAACCCUGAGGACGUAUUUGUGUAAGUGAUUCUUGUAAGUCUGUAUUCCCGGGUUCUCCUGUCUGGAUUUCGCGAGGAAAAGAAGCGAAGGAGAAUUGGGCUUUAAAGAGAUCAGAAAAGAAAAACAAAAAACUCUGGUUCUCUCUCUCUCUUUUUUUUUAAAUGUGGAAAUAAACUUCUUUACAA